AGAUGGUGGCCCUCACUGUGCUGAUGGAUUUUGGCCGCUCGGAUAUUGAUAUACACGAGUAUAAUUAACAUUUUCUCUCACCCCAGGUCGUCUCCAUGAACAAGGUCAGUUUCAGAUCGAGAUCAGAUGGAGUCUCAGGGAGAGAGGCUGGCGGGGAUAGGAGUCGUGCCAAGAAGGCAGUAAACGACAAAGGCUCUCGCAGAACUCCUGCUUGAGUCAUGCUUAUUUUGGAUGUGUCCGAAGAGUUCUCAGUAGUCUUGAAAGAACCAUAAAUCCAUAGAAUGCCAGACUUUGAUGACAAAUUAGAUGACAAAAUUUUCUCACAAGGACCACCGCUCCACCUUCCUGUGGUGAGCACAUCACAACAAGGACCUCUAGUCACAUUAGAACGUAUGGACUCCGCCAUUGAGAAGAGAAGAGGAGACAGAGGACAGCCUUGCCGGGUUCCUCUACUCUGGGGAAAUUCUUGGGAACUUAAACCUUUGGUUGGAGACCAUAACUCUGGGACUGGUAAUAAAUCACUUUGACCCAUUUGUUGAAAUUAGCAUCCAUAUUACAUUUUUGCAAAACAGAGAAUAGGAAAUUCCAUUCCACUCUGUCGAACGCCUUCUCAGCAUCAGCAUCAACAGUAUAGAAGCAGUCUUGUGCUCCUUUACAUGGUUGAUAACAUCAAACGGUCAUCUGACAUUAUCCGACGAGUACCUGUUUUUUAGAAAUCCCGUUUGAUCGGGUUUAAUCAGUGGUGUAAAGUACUGAAGUCGUUUUUUGGGUUGUCUGUUCGAUUUACUAUUUAUAUUUUUGACAACUUUUACUUUACUGCAUUCCUAAAAAAAAAAAAAUAUUGCACUUUUUACUCCAAACAUUAUCCCUGCCAACCAAAAGUACUUUGGAAUGCUUAGCAGGACAGGAAAAUGAUCAAAUUCUCGCACUUAUCAAGAGAACUCUGGCCUGGCAGACUCCCUAAACACAAAUGCAUCUUUUGUAAAUAAUCUCUGAGUGUUGGAGUCUACCCCUGGCUAUCCUUACGUUUUAAAAACAAGAACAUGUUGCUGUCUUGUAAAUGUUUAUACUUUCACUUUUAAUACUUAAGUAUAUUUCAGCAAUUACAUUAUGGUUUACUAUUGGAUAUUGAUAGUAUAAUUUAAAACAACUGAUUUUCCCAUUCAAGUCAACACUCUCUGAUGUGUGGACCAACCAUCUUUAUGCUACCAUUUGAAAUGUGAAAUGUCCAUUUUAUUCCCCUUUCAAUACAUUUACCAGCCAGAACAUGACAUCCACCCUGUAUUCAAGAGCACGCUGUGUCUCAUCCAAUGGAGGGCUCAACAGUAACACCUCAGAUUAUGUAAAAUAGGGCCAAAGCUACAACAUGUGGAAAAAUGGAAAAAAACAUCUGAUUCCACACGUUUUUAGACAAUAUAAUAAAGGUUAAAAACGACAUACUUGUUAUGAAAACUGUUUUUUUUUUCAAGAAAUUAUCAAAUAGUUUGGCAACCCUUUUUGUAAACGUUUUCAAAUUGAAGUGAUGAAGACAUGGAUGUCUCAUGUUAGGGUCGGGUAUGCAAAAUGAGUCAAUUUUGAGCACCUCUGCCUCCUAAAUGUUUUGACAUUCAGGUCCAAAAAGUUACUUUCUGACCACUUCUAACAUGGGCAAAAUUGUAUGGAAAGUUUUGUUCAAUAACACCCUUUGGAGCAAUCGUCUUUUACUGUUAAAAAUACAAUUUUGUAAAGUAUCACACUUGGUGUUCCUUCUACGCCCCCUGCUGGCGGCAACAGGCAUAAACAAUUCCCAAUGGAAAUCGUUCGAGGACUCCCAAACAUGUUCUAUACCUAAAAUCUGAUACCAUAUAUUUUUAUCGGCGUCACACAAACCUAAACUGACAUUGGAACAUCAGUUUGUAUUCAAAUAUUUGAAAAUAAGAAAUUGCAUAUUUCCCGAUAACGUUAAGAAAACUUUACUUUUAAGAAUAUUAUUUAAAAACACACAUCAAUUACGUUCUCAGUAUCAACAAAACUUUCUCUGUCCUCAAUCUUGUUAGGUGUUUUCAGGUGUGUUGGCCACGCCCACUAAUUGACCAUACCUGAGUGUUUGUUUCCUCUGAAAUGGGGUCUGUUUGAAUAGACUAAAAUAAAUAGCUUUAUAUGCGUAAAAAACAUGAAACUCCAACUCCAUCCUGGUGGCACAGUGGACUAAUUCCAUGGAUAGAAAACAAAAUAUUAUAUACUAUACAUAGACAAAUAUGUGGACAGACCUUCAAAUUAGUGUUUCAGCCACACUCGUUGCUGACAGGUGUAUAAAAUCAAGCACACAGCCAUGCAAUCGGCGACAGGUAGCCUAGUGGAUAAGAGCGUUGAGCCAGUAACCGAAAGGUGCAACGCUGGAGAGAUUAGAGUUGCAGACUCAUGUCUGUCAGAGCAGAGAGAGGACGAGAGAUAAUUGAAAGCGAAUCUCAUUCUAGUUCUGUGUGAGAGCAGGCGCGCCGGGCCGACUCAACUUUUAGAAUAUCAGUUCGGGGGAACAAUUAACGAAGAGGCCACUAUAAUGAACUUUAAUCGCUUUAAUUAUAAUAUUUACGUUGCAAAAAAGUGCCAAUUAUUUUCCAUGCCACGAGAAGUACCGGAUCCGGCCAAAUAGGUUCCGGAACUAAAUAUUCUAAUACGGAGAUGUGUACAGGAUCCGGCUCAAAUGAAACACUGGUGAUGGUAGAGGAAACUGUUGGCCAUGUUUAUUAUAUUGUGAACUGUGUGAUUUAGGUAGGGAGGGUUUGUUUGAUGGGUCAGACAGGUUGGAUGGGGUAGGGGGGUGAGGUUUGUAUGGAUUUAUACAGGUUUUGGUAACAUAAUAUAGUUGUGUAGGUAGACCGUGACCGGACUCACACUCCAGUACAGUAAGCGGCGGUGUGUGCAACUUUCCAGUUUGUUGCGAUCCGCCAAACAAAUGCAAAUAAGAAAACGUAAUUUCCUGUUUCUCAAACCCGUAGUUAUAGUGACACUUGAAUAGCAAAUAAUUAUACAUUCUCCCACUAAUCCCUUUGCUCCCCAAAAUGUCUCAACUUCAGCAGCUCAAUGUGUUUCUCAACGACAAAUUAACAGCAGUUCCUUUGGAGAUAUCUGUAGUAGUUAAAAAAACGAUCGCAGAGUAUCAGGAAGAAAUAUCCCGUUUGGAACGUGCGAAUGCACGUCUACGAAGACUGCUGGAUUUGGUUUUCAAACCAGAGAUAAAGUUGCAUAGAUUAGCAGACCUCCAGCGGCUCACUGUCUCUGAAGAGAAGGUUAACUCGGGGCAGCAGGGGUGGAGCUCCUAUCUGGGGCCAGUGGAGUCUGAUACCGAAGAGUCUACUUUGAACUCUUUCAACAUCAUAACGGUAGAGAACCAAAAAGAAUCUGACGGCAACAGAGAAUCAGAAUCAACCAGUGACUAUCAGCCCCCCUCGGAAGUAAAUCCGGAAAGUGACAAUGAUGAAAGUAAUGGCGGAAAAGUGCAUGGAGUGGAGAAGAGAAUACCUCUGUCGGGGUCGAAGAGACGACGAGGACGGCCAAGAAAAGAAACCAGUGAGUUGACGGAGCCGAAGUGUGAUGUGUGCGUACGAUACUUUGCGACAGCAAGUGGUCUGGAAAGGCACCGGCAGUUACGGCACAGUGAAGACAGACCAUACAUGUGCGAUACGUGUGGCCAGUGUUUCGCCUUAAACCGAUACCUGACCCGACACAUGAAGGUUCACACAGUGGAGAGACCACAUCGCUGCACGGUAUGUGGCAAACGUUUCUUUCACAAGGAAAGCCUGAAAAAUCACAUGGUUAAUCUGCACACAGGGCUGAUUUUUAAAUGUGAUUUGUGUGGGAAAUGCUUGUCGACAAAAGGUCGUCUGAAACUGCAUAGGCAAAAUCACACUGGGGAAAAAUCGCAUCCGUGCAAAGAAUGUGACAAGGCUUUCUACUGCGAGUCAGACUUGAUAAAGCAUACGAGGACUCACACUGGGGAGAAACCGUUUCAGUGCAAAGAAUGUGGCAAGUGCUUCGGCGAGAAGGGAAGCCUGACAAAGCAUAUGAUGACUCACACACAGGAGAAACCACACUGCUGCAACGAAUGUGGCAGAUGCUUCAACCUCAAGGGAAACCUGACAGUGCAUAUGAGGACUCAUACGGGGGAAGGAGUUCAAUGUCAUUUGUGUGGAACUUACUUGAAGUUAGCAGCAAGUCUGAAGAGACAUCUGCGAACUCACAGAAUAAAUAUUGCCAAUGACUGAGAACACAUAACAAUGCACGUUGUGUAAAAUGUGUUGUUGGAAGGUAGAGACUAUAUCAAGAGGACACCCCUCAGGUCACGGCUCUUCCUACAGUCUGAAAUCUGGGAAUCUGUUCAAUGGCCAUUUUUACGGAACACUAUCACGUUAUCAAAUUCCAAUAAACUAUUUAUUAUGCCCUUUUUACAAACAUUACACUCUCAAGUCCAAGUUAGACAUUUUCAGAACUGAAGAAGUCUGUGAAGAUAAAUCACAUCCCACAUCUGUUGUGUAGAUUUAGUUAUAUGCCUUCACCCCCAAAUUAAUGGAAAAGAUAAGAAACCAAAUCGAAUCAGGAAAUUAGAUGGUUUUCAGCAGGUAGCCUAGUGGUUAGAGCGUUGGACUAGUAACCGGAAGGUUGCAAGUUCAAACCCCGAGCUGACAAGGUACAAAUCUGUCGUUCUGUCCCUGAACAGGCAGUUAACCCACAGUUCCU